CGCGAGAGCCGAGUCGUAACAGUUUCAAGCACGCUAGUGUACAGAGAACACUUUGUUUGUGCGAUGCGCAGUUAUACUGUAGACAUCUCUCGGCAUCUGCACUAUACAACCAUAAACCCGAGUCGUUAUCCUAAAAAAGCUCGGCCAAGAUGGCAACCGCCGACUCGGAGCGCUGCACGCUCCAUCUGAAAAUACUAUACGUGCUUCUUCUUAGUAUGACUUUAAUCUACGGAGGUGUGUUCUAUUGGGUUCGCGUCGAUAUUGACCAUCUGAGAUAUUCGUGCGACCACUGCAGACGAGAGCUGAAGCAGGCUUUACCGCGAGGUGCGGAAGAUGUGCCUUCUCUUGCCUCGGUCGUCUUCUCCAAUGGCGUCGAGCACAGCAGCAACGCCAGCGAGAACGGGGAGAAUUUUGACACACGCCCGCGCUCGCGUACAGUCGACGGCUUCGUAGACGAGCGACACUGGAUCCAACAUGGCGGACGGUCGCAUCCGAUUCAGAAGCGCGCCGCGGAGCAGACGCCCGGGCGAAGAGCUAAGAGGAAACGGAAACGGAAGAGAAGAUACAAGAAUGGAAAUCUGCGUCGAGAUGCCAAUGGCGACUCGGCUACCGAAGGCCCUUUGCCCAGCUCCGACGACUGGGUGUGGUUGUCGUCGUUCUCCCGAAUUCCAUAUGAUCACGCUCCUGUUGUUGUACAAGUGGAUUCCAGUUGCGUCGAUAAGAUAUUUGCUCUUCAAGAGUUUUGUGUGAGCACACAGGAGUUCUGUCCCCCCGGUGAAGCAGGCCAACCUGGAGUACCCGGAAUUCCCGGCCUUAAAGGCGACGUAGGAAUGACGGGCGCGCCUGGCACGAAAGGUGAAAAGGGCGAAAUAGGACCGCUCGGUAUCGCAGGACUUGAUGGGACACAUGGUGCUAUCGGGAUUCCUGGUCUAAAGGGAGAGAAGGGCUACACUGGCGAGCCAGGUCACGCAGGCAUUCCCGGUGUGCAGGGGCCUGUCGGCCCGCAAGGAAUACACGGUUCUGCAGGAGAGAAGGGUGAUGCCGGGAACGCUGGACCGACGGGCACAACGGGAGAAAUCGGGCCGCGGGGGGAAACCGGUCUUAAAGGUGACACUGGUGCUAACGGCGAACCAGGAUUGCCGGGAGAAUCAGGAAUCCCUGGUAUACAAGGACCAGUCGGGCCGGCUGGGCCUCAGGGCCCUCCUGGCGAGAUUCAGCUAAGCUCAAGAGAAACAGCAGGUUGUGGAUUGCGAAUGGUCGGUAAGCCGCUUUUCCACCGCCACACCAACAAGCCAUGGGGUACGUGGAUGCUGGAUGCCCACCCUUCCACUCCGGAGGCCGCGCACAGGCACUGGGUCACCGAGUUACCAGCCGGCAGUAAUCUCAUCGAGUUUCCGGAUGCCGCUUCAUACGUUGCUAACCGACCGUCGCACACCUACGAGCUUCCUUGGCCGUAUCAAGGGAAUGGGCAUGUAAUCUACGACAGAUCCCUCAUAUACCAUGCCUCGGGCAAACAGAGUAUCAUACGCUACAACGUGCACACAAAAACUACCGAGGAGCUACCUUUGCCCGGAGCAACGUACACAGGCGGCACGUUUCUGUUUAAUAUAAAGCACUCUUACGUGAAGGUUGCCGUGGAUGAAAAUGGCCUGUGGGCGAUGUAUGGAAGCGAGACGAGCCAGAAUUUGAUGGUAGCUAAAAUACAGCUGGAACCUUUCGAAGUCAUAAGAGUUCAAGAUCUAGACUUGAAACACAAUGUAGUUGGACAUGCGUUUAUAUCGUGCGGAGUUCUGUAUACGGUAGAAGAUACCAGCGUCGCAAAGACUACCCUCAAUUUCGCUUUCGAUUUAUACAAUAGCACAGUCACGCGGAUAGAGCUAGACUUUGUUAACCCGUACACGCAGAACAAUAUGAUUUCUUAUAAUCCCACCAAUAGGCUGUUAUACUCGUGGGAUAGAGGUAAUCAGUUGAGUUACAGUCUUAGGUUUUCGUAGAGUAUUAGUUUUAUUCUUAUUCAAUAUUUGCAAUAUAUUAACCGAGAUUA